CACGGCGUCGAGCGCGUGCAUGUUAUAUACUUGCACACAUUUCGUGGGACACUCAGUCUCAGCCUGAGCCCUGUCCAGUGCCGCGAUCAUAUAGGUUAUAACGCACUCGAUCGAUCGUUCGAGUCGCCGCGUACAUCCUCGCAGCUGAUCGGCGCGACGAGCAGAUCUAAUACGGAGAUUACAAUAAUGCAGAGAGGCGUGAUCAGCGGGGAUUACUACGGGCUACGCACACGCCGCGCUCGGUAUUAAUAGAACGCGCGCGCGAGUGUCGUCUCUCUCUCUCUCACACGCAUACACACAUACACGCGCGCGCGCGCGCGGGUAGUGCGCGGAAAAAAGUCGGAGAGAGAGAGAGAGAGAGAGAGAGAGAGAGAAGAAAGGAGAGCCUGGAGUGCAGCGCAGUCAUGACAGUUAUCGUCGCUGCUGAGCAGCCCGCCGGUGGCAGUAGUGCACCGAACGCGCUGUCCACCCAGUUAUACCGUCUACUGCUGCAGCUGCCGAGAGGAAAAACUUGGUUGUAGAGCAAAGUGCCUCGUCGAGAGGAUUCACGUGCGAGAGAAAAGACAGAGACUCGCGCAAGGUAUAUACGGCGCGCGCGAUCGCGCCCGCCGUCAUAUUAAUAGAUCAUCCGAGAGGGAGUAAGACAUCCGACUUCUUCCGCUGCUGCUGCUGCUGCAGAAAGCAAACGUUUGGAAUCGACGUUCGGAGGAGAGGAGAGAAAAAUGUCGCGGGUCUCGCUUAACAAGUCGCAGUACAACAACAGUCAGUACGGCUCGCGUCGUGUCAGAAAGAUCAGCACGACGGAGAGCGAGUACUCGGUGGAGGAGCAAACCCGGCUGACGGGCGGCGAGGGCGGCGGCGCCGAGGGCUCGCCCGAGGAGGAAGCCGGCUCGCUAUGCGAGUACCACGACAUCCCGCCGCCACCGGAUGGCGGCUACGGCUGGGUCAUCGUCAUCGCCUCCUUCAUGUGCAACAUGAUCGUAGACGGGAUAGCCUACACCUUCGGCAUCUUCCUCGGCGAGUUCGUCAAGUACUUCGGGGAGAGCCGCAGCAAGGUCGCCUGGACCGGUUCUCUGCUCUCGGGGGUUUACCUGAUGGCCGGGCCCGUCGUCAGCGCCCUCACCAAUAAGUACGGCUGCAGAGUCGUCUGCAUCGUAGGCAGCGUCAUCGGCGCGUUCGCUUUCGUCCUCUCGACCUUCUCCAGCUCUGUCACCAUGCUCAUGAUCACCUACGGCGUCCUGGGCGGCAUCGGAUUCGGACUGAUCUACCUGCCGGCCGUCGUCUGCGUGGGCUACUACUUCGAGACGAAGAGGUCCCUCGCCACGGGUAUCGCCGUCUGCGGCUCCGGCUUCGGUACCUUCAUCUUCGCCCCCCUGGCCGGCAUACUCCUCGAUAACUACGCGUGGAAGGGGGCCAUCCUCAUCCUGGCUGGACUCAUCUUCAACUGCGCGAUCUUUGGAGCAUUGAUGAGACCGCUCGAGUACCCGAAGGCCUCCUCGGUGAAGCCGCUGCUCCAGCGCAUGGCCGAGGAGAAGCGCUUCCAGAUGGAACGCGGCAGCAUUGGCGGCUCGUUCUUCAUGGUCCAGCUGCCGGACGGAUCGAUGGAGAAGAGGAUGAAAAUGCCGAUCAACAUCGACCCGGGCGUUCACUCUAGCUUCAAUUUAGACCAAUUAGUGCCUGGAACGCCUCUGACACCAGUACCGACCGUGCCGACCCUGCCGACGAUAUCCGAGGUCAAAGUCCAGGAGCACUCGUCGAGCGGCGCGACGAGCAAGAGCGGCAGCAUGGAGCACCUCAAGAGCUCGUCCGUCAAGUCGCGUAGCAAGAAGGCCGUCGACGAGACUCGUGACAGCAAGGAGAGCGGCGUCAACAAGGACAGCCUCGACAAGCCCGAGAGCGAGUUCGGACCCAAGCCGGUCAUACCGCGCAACGCCUCGCAGCCGGCCUUCACCACCCAUGUACAGGGUCUGCCCAAGAACGGCUCGGUCCCCUUCUUCGAUCGCAUCCGCAAGACGAGCACCGGCGAGAGGUACAAGCCCAGCCUCAGCGCCAUCAAGAACUCCCGGACUACCCUCAACUCCAACGGCGACAUCCGCAAGAGCCUACACCUCAGGCUCUCCAACAGCAGCAUGCUCGGCUCGCGCAACAACAACACCGAGCUCGACGACGACCAGAGCAUCACCUUCACCACAAGCAACACGCGCAUCAGCGUCCCCAAGGAAAAGCCCAUGAUGGUCCGACCCCUGUCGCGGAAGGACAUUUUCUACAGCGGCAGUGUGCUCAAUCUGCCCGAGUUCCAGAGCCAAAAGUCUCUUGCCAAUUACCGCCAGAGCGUCAUCUCCUUGCCCAAGUCCGUGCGAGGAAUCGACGCCAAGGAUGGCGACAUCGAGAAAGCCCCACAACAAUCCCUAUGCCCGUGCCUCGAGCUGCCAGAGUCUUUCAAGGAGGCCCUGGGAACGAUGAUGGAUAUGUCCCUGCUGAAGAACCCAGUUUUCCUGCUGAUCUGCAUCAGCAACGUCUUUGGCAUGGCCGGACUCUACAUACCAUUCUUCUACUUGGUCGACGCGGCUACGGUUAAAGAAAUCGAUAAAGCGGACGCCUCGUGGCUGCUGUCCGUAAUUGGAAUCACCAAUACCGUGGGACGUGUCGCAUGUGGAUAUGUAGCUGACUUUCCGCAAGUUGACUCGCUGCUGCUGAACAACAUCUGCCUGAUCAUCGCUACGCUGGCGGUUACCGUCACACCGUUCUGCUCCACUAUGCUCCACUACGUGAUUAUGAGCACCUUCUUCGGCGUUGCUAUUUCUGGCUAUAUUUCGCUGACGUCGAUAAUACUGGUGGAUCUUCUGGGCCUCGAUAAGCUGACUAAUGCUUUCGGACUGCUCAUCUUGUUUAGAGGCAUUGCCGCAAUCGGAGGUCCGCCCAUCGCCGGAAAUCUCUACGAUCUUACCUUGAAUUACGAUAUCACGUUUUACAUGGCAGGAUUUUGCUUUUUAAUUAGCACCAUUACGAGCUUCGUGGCUCCUACAUUGAAGCGCUGCACUACUCCGCAGACUCAGCCUGUGAUAUUAGAUACAUUGACGCCGAUCGACGAAGACAUCGAGGAAGAGAACGAAGAUGAUAUUCCUGAAAUUGUAGAAACCGCACCAUCUCCUCAAGAGCCCGAAAAGGAGAUCAAACAGAUAGAGUCUGUGCUUUAAGAGAAAAAAGCCGGGGAAAAUGACGAGUCAGCCUCUCCUUCUGCUACGUUUUGCGACAAAAUAAUAAUAUAAAGGAAAACAAAAAAAAAAAAAAGAAAAAAGAUAAACAACUCACCGUCACUCCGAGCCACGCUGUGAUACGGCUACACAUUUUCUCAACAAGUUUACGUGAGGUAUUUUUGCUGUUUUUACGAAUACCUCUUGAUUAACGUGCACAAAGAAAAAACAAAAUAAAAUAACUGAUGAUAAAGCUUGAUGGAAUUUUUAUACGAACGGUUCGUAUGGCUUAAUUAAAUUUUCUUUUAUAAUCGUAUCUAUUAUAAGUAUAUUAAGACAGUGCGUAUGUAACAGUUAAAUAAAAAAAAUUCCAUCGGGCGAAUAAACUGUUUUUUUCUCGUCUGUAUUAAAUAUCCAUUGAACGAGAUGGAAGCGUUUAAUUAACUUAAUCAGUAUCGAUUGUCAGUAUGUUUAGGGAAAACUUGCAAACAUAAAGAAAAAAAAAGAAAACUAAUAGAAAUUAUGCUUUUUUCGUGCGUAUACACAGAGAUGUUUUUAUUUGAAGUAGAUAACAGUAACAAUAAUAAUGAUAAUGAAGAGAAACAAAAGUUUUAAGAGUACGCGUGAAAGAUACAAAGGUUGCAUUUUACAACUCAAGGCUCUCGAUAUUGAAAACUAUUUUUGGGGAAUAAUCUGUGACAAGAGACUUAUUCAAGGUCAAACGAAAAAUGCAAACAUAUAUAUUUCUCACGUAUGCAUGGCACGUGUACAUAAUGCCGACGCACGAUACACUUUGAUGAAUCAAUUAUGUGGAAUGAGUCGAAGACGUAUAACGAAAUGUUAAACGUGACAUUUUAGAGAAGGUGGCUUUGUCAUUUAUACAAAAGCAUGAGUUGGACGAACCGCCGGGAAUAAUGCAUUUCGCAUGGAUAGAAAUGCAACAAUUGAAACCGAAUUUGUAUUCAGUAUCCAAAUUCUACACACACACACACACACACACACACAUGCGCGCGCACACACACACAUCUUAUCACUGAAAAAAAGUAAUAUAUUGAUGAAAUCAAGAUAACGAGUUUAUAAUUAUAGUAAUAAUUUCUUUGUUUUUAGAGAUCUCUUACGUUUUGUUUUUUCAGCAUGUAUGUACAAUAAUUAAGUAAGAGAAAGAUAGACAUGCGUUUUUAAAUCUGCUGGACUGAGUUUGUGUUGAUUGACGUAUUGUAAUUUUUUAGAGAGAGAGGGAGGGGGCGAUGAUAGUUGACACAAACGUCAGAGCUAUUGACUAAUAUUAUAUGACUUAAGUUAAAUGAUACGCUAAGCAGGAAGGCACACGGCGAGCACAAGAUACCGCUUGUGUCACUUAAUUUUUUCGCGGUGAUUGCUAUUCAACUGAUUCAAAUGACUUAACUGAAACAAUAGGGAAAUAUAAUUACAAUUAUAACUUAUUUUAUAAAUAUAUAUAUAAAGAUAAUAAAAAAGAGAUUGUAUAUACGCUUACGUACAUCGGUGAAAAGAGAAUCAUCGUGUUAAUCAUUUGUUAAACGCCAAAUGUUACAACGCAUGCGUCUGCGUACACGUAAAGCAUGUUUGCAGUUCGGCGUAGGGAGAAGGAGUGAAAAAUGAAGCAAAACUCUUGUAUCAAUUAACGCGUCAUGCGUCCUUGCGGGACGGGCUAUGUUAAGCUCCAAUAUUCGUGUUUUCGCUCGGUUUAAUCACUACACACACACACACACACACACACCAGGAGAGAAGGAGCGAAAAAGCGGCGCAAGGCGUAAUAGAAAGCGAAGUAAGGAAUGUGAACGACGAGUUGAACUACGAUUUUAAUGCGGAGAGACUCUUGUGCAAGGACCCGGAUGAUAAUUGUUUGUCGCACUGUAUGCUAUAGCGAUAUAUGAGCGUUUAAGCAAACAAAAAUCGACUGGGAAACAUAUAGAAACAUUUCCAAGAUAAUCCGACAGAUGAUGAACAAAUCACGAUAUUUCUACGAAUCCCCCCCCCCCAAACGUUUCUAUAUGUUUCCUCGAGACUUUCCAUGUUAGCGGGUGAUCCCUUCCACCGCCACCAUUUAUUAUACAACCAUUAUUAUUAACUAUUAUAUACUUAUUAAAGAUUAUUGCGAUACUAUGAAAUUGAUGCGUAUAUACUUUAUCUAAUAAUUUUAAUUAUACACACACACACAUAUAUAUAUAUAUAUAUAUAUACUUGUAAUAUUUGUAUGACUAUAUACAAGGUAAUUUUGUUAUGUCGUUGUUGUGCUGGAGAUACUGUGUAUUGUGAUGAUUUUUUGUCUGCAAAUCGAGAGUGAUAGAAAGGAGGGGGAGGGGGGGGGGAGUCAAUGUUGAAUUAUACCCGACUCUUCUCGACACGCGCGCUUACGCAACACAAACGAUUUUCGUUGUCUCGUUCUCGGUCAUUGUUUUUAUUUUUUCUCUUUCCUCGCUUGCAGCGCCGUGCUCUACAUGUAAGGCGGCGGUGCGCGUGAAAAAAGAAGAGAAUACGAGAAAGAGAGAUCGGGAUGGCCGCGUGAUUUCGCAACGCGUCCCCGCGAAGUCGCGCGAUCUAAGAAUACACAUGAUCUAUAUAUAUAUAUAUAUAUAUAUAUAUAUAUAUAUAUAUAUAUAGUGAAUGAUUACAUAUACUUGCGAAUCGAAAAGCGCGCGUACAAGUGUGAAAGUAUAUAUACAUAAGCAGUGUGUAUAUAUAAUAGCGCGUGAUGUCCGAUGUGUGCGCGAGGGUGCAGAAGUGUACAUACAUAAAGGGGAGAGUGUUGAAUGGGAGAACGCGCGCAAAGCGAGUAUACUAUAUAUGUAGAUGCAUUAGCGGAAAAAAGAGAAUACUAUAUAGAAACGCGCGCUGCGCAUCCACAGCUGACAUGUUAUUGUAAAAUGUAUAAUGUAUAUGUACACAGGACGGGUGAGGUCCGGCGUCCGGCAGCAGCGAGCGAGCGCGCGCACAGCUUCCGCGUGCGCGAGCCGGCAGCCAAUAUGUUAAUACAUGCGAUAUGGUACAAAGAAGAACAAAUGUAUUAGGUAACGUUUAUCGAAAUUGAUGAGAAAAUUAUGAAUUUUUAUUAUUGAAAACGAA